AUGGCUGGUUCUUCCCCCAAGAGUUCCAAGAGGAAGGUCUCGCCAGAGGAAGCUUCCCCGGCCCCGGGGGAGGUGGCUAACAAGAAACCGCGCAAUGAGUCCAUGGAGAAAGAGGAAGAUGGCCCCUUGAGCAAACCGCCGUUGCGCAUCGUCCCUUUUCCUGAGAAGCCUGCAGUUCUCGAAGAGCGCCGAGGAGAUAUUGAGUUCCGAGUGGUUAACAAUGAUGGAUCGCAUGACAGCUUCAUUGUCCUCACGGGCCUGAAGUGCAUCUUCCAGAAGCAGCUCCCCAAGAUGCCCAAGGACUACAUUGCUCGACUCGUCUAUGACCGUUCACAUCUCUCAAUAGCCAUAGUCAAGCACCCAUUGGAGGUUGUCGGAGGGAUCACCUACCGACCGUUCAACAGUCGCAAGUUUGCAGAGAUAGUCUUCUGUGCUAUCUCCUCUGAUCAGCAGGUUAAGGGCUACGGCGCUCAUCUGAUGUCCCACCUGAAGGACUAUGUGAAAGCCACUUCUCCUAUCAUGCACUUCCUGACAUAUGCGGAUAACUAUGCCAUUGGGUACUUCAAGAAGCAAGGUUUCACCAAGGAGAUUAACCUCGACCGAUCGAUCUGGAUGGGAUACAUCAAGGACUACGAGGGUGGUACGCUCAUGCAGUGCACAAUGGUUCCCAAGAUCCGGUAUCUCGAGUCGGGUCGCAUGCUUCUCAAGCAGAAGGAGGCCGUGCAGGCGAAGAUCCGGGCCUUCAGUCGGUCGCACAUCAUCCACCCCCCACCCAAGGAAUGGAAGAGUGGUGUAUUCCCAAUUGACCCCCUCAGUAUUCCGGCGAUCAAGGCGUCAGGCUGGUCGCCGGAUAUGGAUGAAUUGGCUCGCCAGCCUCGUCAUGGGCCCAACUACAACCAGCUGCUGCAUCUGCUGAACGACAUGCAGAACCACAGCGCUGCCUGGCCCUUUACCCAGCCGGUGAACCGCGACGAGGUUCCGGACUAUUACGAAGUGAUCCUCGAGCCUAUGGAUCUGUCGACCAUGGAGGAGAAGCACGAGAAGGACAUGUAUCCGACUCCACAGGACUUCAUCAAGGACGCCAUGUUGAUCUUUGACAAUUGCCGUCGCUACAACAAUGAGAGCACACCGUAUGCCAAAAGUGCCAACAAGCUCGAGAAGUUCAUGUGGCAGCAGAUCCGGAACAUCCCCGAGUGGUCGCAUUUUGCGGACGGGCAUUGA